CCUCACUCUUCUUUGGCCGCUCUUUGAAGCCUUCAACACCAUCUCGAUAUGUCACCCUCAAAGGAUCCGUAUCUUAUCUUACCGGGCUCUCUCGCCUACUCAGACUUCCGCCUCAAGCGACUUGCCCAGGCCAUUGGAGCUGUCGACGUGCGCGCCAUCUGGAUUCAUUUCAUCAAUCCACUAAAAGAACUGAGUAAGGACGAACUAAAGACGCUGGAGCAGAUACUGCAUUACGGGGACUAUCCAGAUGGCCAGGAUCGCCUUUCUCAGACCCUCAUCGACGCAGUUCAUCGCAGCGACGAGCCCCGAGAUGCUAACACCGUAUUGUUCUACAUCAGUCCUCGCGCCGGAACCAUCUCGCCAUGGAGCUCGCUUGCCUCCAUGAUCGCAAAAACAUGUACGCUGGAAAAUGCCGUGAAGCGCAUCGAACGUGGAAUGGUCAUCGCCGCAGCCUUCGACAAGCCUCUCGACGCGGACUCGAUACCACACCCAGACUCGCUUCACGAUCGAAUGACACAGACAAUUGGCCGCCAUGUACCCGACCUCAACCUCAUAUUCGGUGAACAUGAACCCGCGCAGGCUACGAGUAUCAGUUUCGAGGAAUACAGUAGUCCGCAGGCAGCGCUAGAACAUGCGAACCGUGAGCUCGGCUUGGCCAUGGAUAAGUCUGAGAUUGACUACCUUGUGGAGGCAUACACCCUGGAGCUGAAGAGAGGGCCUGUAGAUGUAGAGCUGUUCAUGUUCGCCCAAGUCAACUCGGAGCAUUGCAGGCACAAACAAUUCAAUGCCGACUUCACCAUCGAUGGCAUGCGGAAGCCGUACUCGCUCUUCGGAAUGAUACGGAACACACAUCAACGGCACCCCGAGCAUGUUGUAAGCGCGUACAGUGACAAUGCUGCCGUUCUACAGGGAGAACACGCCAGCUUCUGGGCACCGAAUCAUCUCACAGGUGAAUGGCAUGAAACCAAAGAGACGGUCCAUAUCCUGUGCAAAGUGGAGACACACAAUCAUCCUACAGCCGUAUCACCAUUCCCCGGGGCUGCGACUGGCUCAGGUGGCGAGAUUCGAGAUGAGGGUGCUGUAGGCCGGGGCUCCAAACCAAAGGCCGGCUUGGCCGGAUUCACUGUUUCCGAUCUACUAAUCCCUGGAUUCGAACAGGCUUGGGAAUUGAGAGAUGUUGGGAAACCGUUACAUAUCGCAAGCAGUCUCGAUAUCAUGCUUGAUGCGCCAAUUGGCAGUGCUACCUUUAACAAUGAAUUUGGCCGGCCUUGUACCAUCGGCUACUUCAGGACUCUACUCACGAGAGUCUUCACGAAUGAAAAGGAGACAGAAAUCCGAGGCUACCAUAAGCCAAUCAUGAUCGCCGGUGGUGUUGGAACAGUUCGGCCCCAACACGCUCUUAAGGACCCCGAUAUCGUUCCCCCAGGUUCACAUCUCCUGGUCAUUGGUGGGCCUGCAAUGCUGAUCGGCUUGGGGGGUGGUGCUGCAUCCAGUAUUCAAUCUGGUGAAGGCAAGGUAGACCUGGAUUUUGCCAGUGUGCAGAGAGGCAAUCCAGAAGUCCAGAGAAGGGCUCAGGAAGUCAUCGAUCAUUGCCGAUCUAUGGGUGACAAGAACCCAAUACUCUUCAUUCACGAUGUUGGGGCGGGAGGUCUUUCGAAUGCACUCCCCGAACUUGUCCAUGAUUCAGGGCUCGGUGCGGUCUUCGAACUUCGAGAAGUUGAUAGUGCCGAUAGAGGCAUGAGCCCUUUGCAGGUAUGGUGCAAUGAAGCUCAAGAACGUUAUGUUCUCGCAGUUGGACCACAAGAUCUGGACCUGUUCAAGGCCAUCUGCAACCGAGAGCGAUGUGGAUACUCUGUCGUAGGGAAAGCUAAGCAGGAGCAACGUCUCGUCCUAACAGAUAGAGACUCGAAGGAUCAUCCAACUCCAAUCGAUCUACCAAUGCCGAUCUUGUUUGGAAAGCCUCCAAAGAUGUCCCGAAUCGUCGAUUCCAGGAAACUCAGACUGCCUGCCUUUGACAGCAGUCUAUCAAUCUAUAUCCCAGAUACCUCAAAAGACGGACUGAUCAGAGAAUCCACCGACAGAGUGCUGGCUCUUCCAGCGGUAGGAUCAAAGUCAUUCUUAAUUACCAUUGGAGACCGCACUGUCGGAGGACUUACAGUACGUGACCAAAUGGUCGGUAAGUGGCAGGUCCCUGUCUCGGACGUUUCAGUGACUGCAACAUCGUUGAUGUCGGGCGUGAGAACCGGAGAGGCUAUGGCUAUGGGAGAGAAGCCUACCCUUGCACUUAUUUCCCCUGCUGCUUCAGCUCGGAUGGCUGUUGCAGAAUCGUUGAUGAACCUGGCGGCUGCGAGCUGUUUCGAUAGGCUAUCAAGAAUCAGGUUGUCAGCCAAUUGGAUGUCAGCUAGCAGCCAUCCGGGAGAAGGCGCCGCACUCUACGAAGCUGUCGAAGCAAUUGGACUCGGUCUCUGUCCAAGACUAGGUAUAUCUAUACCUGUCGGAAAGGACUCUAUGAGCAUGAAAAUGAAGUGGUCCGAUCCAGAGACGAAAGCAGCAAAGGAAGUCACUGCUCCUAUGACAUUGGUCAUCACUGCGUUUGCUCCAGUAGAGAGAAUCGAUCGGACAUGGACCCCUGCCCUCGAACGAUUGGAAGAUGUCGGUGAAACGAUCUUGCUUUUCGUGGACCUAGCAGAAGGCAGGAAACACAUGGGUGGAUCUGCUUUAGCUCAGACAUUCAGCCAGGUGGGAGACGAAGCACCUGAUGUGUAUGACCCGGAUGUGCUUAAGGAUUUCUACGAUGCCAUUGAGCAACUGCACGAGUCAGGCGUUGUCUUGGCCUACCAUGACAGGUCCGACGGAGGACUGUUUACCACUUUGGUGGAAAUGAUGUUCGCUGGCCGAUGCGGACUGGAAGUCAUGCUGGAUGGCAUCUGCCGAUCAAGCGACCCUAAGGACGUGAUUGAGACCCUCUUCAACGAAGAAUUAGGGGCUGUCUUCCAGGUGAGAAAAGAAGAUGAGAUUGGCUUCAUCCGUUGUUUCGCUACUUGCGGUCCACCUCCAGGCAUGAUCAAGAAGAUUGGGCGCGUUCCAGCAUCCUCAAAACAAGAAAUCUCUUUCCGCUUCGGCACACAGACUGUCUAUCGAAAUACUCGACAAUCGCUCCAACAGAGGUGGGCAGCGACAUCACAUCAGCUUCAACGACUGCGUGACAAUCCAGAGUGCGCAGAUACGGAAUUUUUGAAUAUCCUGGAUGAUAAAGACCCAGGUCUAUCCUACAGACUCUCAUUUAAUCCAAAGGACAAUGUCCUUCCGUUCAAGACAACCAUCUCGUCCGCAUUCUCGGCUAAGCCAAGAGUAGCUAUCCUUAGGGAAGAGGGAGUGAACGGGCAAGCUGAGAUGGCAUUCGCCUUCCAUAUGGCAGGAUUCGCAGCUGUGGAUGUACAUAUGACUGAUAUCAUAUCUGGACGCGAAUCGCUCGCAAGAUAUGUUGGUCUCGCAGCCUGCGGUGGCUUCUCAUACGGCGAUGUCUUAGGCGCUGGCCAAGGCUGGGCGAAGUCCGUCCUCCUCCAUCCAAACACUAGGAAAGAGUUCGAGCAGUUCUUUCAACGACCUGAUACCUUCACCCUCGGCGUCUGUAACGGCUGCCAAUUUCUCUCCAAACUCAAAGGGCUCAUCCCAGGAGCAAAUCUCUGGCCGAGCUUCGAACGCAACACGAGCGAGCAGUACGAAGCCCGUGUCUGCAUGGUCGAAGUCCUAGAUCCCAAAGGCCCUGGAAAAGAACCAAGCGUUUUCCUACACGGCAUGAAUGGCUCCACUCUCCCCAUCGUCACCGCCCACGGAGAAGGCCGUGCAACAUUCCCGUCGUCGGUUUCAUCUACAGCCACGCCUGAAGCGUUAUAUGACGAGGGGCUUGUGAGCUUUCGAUAUGUGGACAACUAUGGCACGCCCACGGAAAGGUAUCCCUUCAAUCCUAAUGGUAGUCCACAGGGAGUUACGGGUGUGAGAAGUAAGAAUGGCAGAGUGCUGGCGCUGAUGCCGCAUCCUGAGAGGACGAUUUUGAGGGAGGUAGCGAGCUGGAUUCCAAGGGGAAGGAUGGAGGAGUGGGGAGAAUUGGGGCCGUGGAGUAGGUUGUUUAGGAGUGCGAGGAGGUGGGUGGGGUAGACAGGCUUCGAUGCAAUUUUCGAUGCAGAAAGGGAG